ACCAGUGACUCAGACUCUUAACCCCUUCAACCACGAUGAUGAGUUCUUCGAGAGGUGCCUAAGACUCUCCACGCAGCUCGACAUCCCAUCGCCCAUCACACAAGACCCGACUCCUGUCCCACCUGCUGCCUCCAUGUUCAACAAGCCAAAUAGGCUCAACGGGGGCGGCCUUAUCACUAACUCGUCCCGUCUUAUCAACAGCUACCCCGCCGCAUACAAAGAUUUCUUUGGCACACCCAGCGGGGCUCCCUGCAUUUACAAGUCCGGUCCUGCUUGGCCGGAGCGUAAGGGUCCCGAAGCAUACCGCUACAUCCGCGAACCACGCCCUGUAUAUGGUCACCCCAUCGCUCAAGACUGGCUCAAGAUCGGUACCGACAUCUACCAGGCCCUUGAUGCUCUCAGUGUCAAGUGGACCUCAAUCGAUCCUGUCGCCUUCGCCGACGCGGGAGAGAAGACGGCAUUUUGCCCGCUCCUGAUGUGGAUCGGUGUGAAGCAUGAGAUGCUCGCAUUUGAGGCUGCAGUAACUGCUGCCGACGCCGUCAAGGAUAUCCUCCGUCAAGCAGGCUUCCCCAAUAUUGAGGUGGCCUUCCGUGAGUCGGAGGUGACGCGCUCUGUGGGCGGCCCUAAGCUCCUCUCCUUCAACCCCCUCCUCGACCCCAUCCCUGAGUUCCGCAAGGCCUUCACGCCCACACUUGGCCUCUCCGUCGCCCCGCUCAGGACGCCCCACUACGAGGGCACUGGUGCGCUCUACUUCCGCCUCGGCCGUGACGAUGACCGUGUCGCCCUUCUCACCACUGCCCACAUCGCUUGCCCGCCUCCUGAGUUUGCCAACACUAGCAUGUCACACGAGAAUACCAGCCAGCCCAGAGAGGAGAUCGUCGCGCUGGGCAGCAUGGGCUAUCAGAAUGCGACAAACACCAUGAUAGAUGCCAUCGGUAGCCUCACUUGCUCCAUCUCCAUAUGGAAGAGGGUCAUCGAGAGACUGGGUGAUCCCGUCGACGGCGAGAAGUCUGCCAUCACCUGGAAGCGCCGGCAGACCCAGCACGACGUGGAAAAGGCAACCAAGAUGAUCGGCUACUUGAACGAGCUCUAUCAUGAGGUUACCAAGCUCCGGACGAACCCAGACCAGCGCGUCAUCGGCUGCGUCCUCCACGCAGAGCCAAUCGUGAUCUCCAACGGAUCCCACAGGUUUACCUGCGACUGGGCAUUUGUCCAGCUCUACAAGGAGAAGAUAGACUGGGCCACCUUUCCAGGAAACAAGGUCUUCAUCGGUGGGAAUCUCUCGCUGUCCGACUUCGGCCAGUUCAUGUUCCCGCAUCCUGAGGACCAGGCAGACUACGAGUACCCUGACGACGGGCUCCUACAGGCCUUUGGAGUUGUCAAGGACCACGAGAUUCGCCAGCCACAGCACCUUGACAUGUACGGCCAAAGGAUACUGAUGGUUGUGAAGAAUGGUCUGGCUACAGGUACUACUAUCGGCUGUGCCAAUGGACUGGACUCGUUCACUCGCGUCUACAGCCAUUAUGACAUCAUGGGCACGUCCGUCCAGACCGCAAUCCUUCCCUACAAUCAGCAGCUCGGCCCCUUCUCAGCCCCUGGAGAUUCAGGCUCCAUCAUUCUCGACAGGUCUGGCCGCAUUGUCGCUUUGCUCACAGCUGGAGCUGGUUCGACUAACGAGAUGGACAUAACCUAUGGGACUCCAUACUGGUGGCUCGAGGAGCGGGUUAAGAAGGCAUUCCCCGGAUGCUUCCUCUAUGAGGUUGCUGGCUAGAUUGGUGCAAUUAUUCUUUUCCUCUUUCCUUUCACUCAUAUGGUGCCGGGCAGACAAAACUAAUGCACUGUCAGUUUUGUUGCAAAACCUGUACAUAAUGAAUCAACAUACUUCCUUGGGAAA